AUAGAUAUAAGAUGUUGCAGGAUGACAAUAAACAAAUUCAAUCUCAACUCCAACGAAACAAUAGUGAGGUCCGGAUAUCAAUUGAGGGAUUGCAGAGGGAUCAGGGAAGCAGCACUAUUUACAGCUAUGGUCAAGACCGCGCUUAUCUAGAUACAACGCCAUCAGAUUACCACAAUGGUCGUGCUACAACAGCUAAUGGACAAAAAGCAACAUCAUAUGGUCCAGCGUUUCUAAACACUAACGGAAACCAUCGAUCAAUGUCGGCACAGUUAAACAGUUCUACAAAUAGUUACAAGAGGGACAGGGGGACUUCUCCGAAUUUGAAUGCGUCUCCUAACGGUGGCUUGAAUGCGUCCCCUAACGGUGGCUUGAAUGCUUCUACAUCCAGCAAUAAGAUUUAUAAAAGACCAGCAGUUAAUACAUCAGCAAGGGACCAGAGGAAAAUUCAGAAUAAGGGCCCCCCUGUAACUAAAUCUGGGAAGGAAGAUGGAAAAAAGAAAAAGAUGAAAGAGAAGAAAAAAGCUCCUCCUAAAAAGGGAAAAAAGAACAAAGAUCAUCAUAUUAGGAUGAGUUCUCACUCUGUGGAUAAAAUGCAGGCUAAAGAAGAAGAAGAGGAGGAAGAAAGAAGAAAAAACAAAACACAGUGUGAAUCUGAUAUAAGAGUUUAUAUAACGUUUGUUCUUCUCACAAUCUUUACUGCUGGAUUAGUGUGUGCCAAGGCUUUUUUAAUCGAUUCCUCGCCAGAAGGAAAUGUGAACCAAGAACCCUCUUUAAGGGGAUCCAACAGUAUCUUAGUCAGCAUGGGACUCAGUAAUUUACAGAAAACAGGGGCGGGUUAUAUAAAUCAUAACCCCGGGUUCAUAUCAAACGACUAUCCUACACCUGAGCAAUAAAGAGCAAUAAUUAUUAUAUUACAAGGUGUCCCAAGAAACAUGGGAAUCAAAUCGUCUUUAAUUUAAAGAUGUUAAUAAUUGACAAAAAUUGAGUUUAAAAUUAUGAAAUUUUUAAAAAGUGGUCCACAACUUAGUGUCCUCAGUAUUGACAGGAUGGAAAAUGCUUAAAAUUUGAACAAUUUGGAUAGUAUUUCAUAAAUUGGAAUCUAUUUGGAUAGUAUUUCAUAAAUUGGAAUCUAUUUGGGUAGUAUUUGAUAAAUUGGAAUCUAUUUGGAUAGUAUUUCAUAAAUUGGAAUCUAUUUGGAUAGUAUUUCAUAAAUUGGAAUCUAUUUGGAUAGUAUUUCAUAAAUUGGCAUCUAUUUGGAUAGUAUUUCAUAAAUUGGAAUUUAUUUGGAUAGUAUUUCAUAAAACGGAAUAUAUUUGGAUGUUAUUUCAUAAAUUGGAAUCUAUUUGGAUAGUAUUUCAUAAAUUGGAAUCUAUUUGGAUAGUAUUUCAUAAAUUGGAAUCUAUUUGGAUAGUAUUUCAUAAAUUUGAAUCUAUUUGGAUAGUAUUUCUUAAAUUGGAAUCUAUUUGGAUAGUAUUUCAUAAAUUGGAAUCUAUUUGGAUAGUAUUUCAUAAAUUGGCAUCUAUUUGGAUAGUAUUUCAUAAAUUGGAAUCUAUUUGGAUAGUAUUUCAUAAAUUAUAUAUUUGGAUAGUAUUUCAUAAAUGGAAUCUGGCCGAAUUUACUCAAUAUCUUUGUCAAUUUUUUAAAUAUUCCAAUAUAACAAACCACAUUUUGAAAAUCCCGAGACUAGUAGUUUUGAGAAUAGUUUUUUUUAAAGUGAGAUUCUACAUUAAUUUUGUUAAUGAAAUAAUGCAGCAUGGAACAAAGACGACGUAGAAGUCGGCACAUAAUUCCUAUGUUUAUUGGGGUACUCUGUAAAUUCAGAAAUUUCUUUUAAAAGAAUAUAGAUAGAAUAGAUUCUGGAAAAUUAUCUUUCGUUCUAUUUUAAAACGUUUUUUUUUAAUUUUGAAACGAAA